AUGGCUGUCACCUUGAAAAAUAUCAAAUUCUACAAUCCCCAUUCUCUCCCUACACGGCCGUCAAAACGCACGUCUCCUAAUCACAAUCACACUUCAAUCCCUCGUUCUGCAUCAAAGAGCACUGAUCCUACCCCGAACCAUUCAACAGUCCCCUUCUCUCCGUUCUCACAACCAGCAUUACCUCACCCCUUACCUCCCCGACCACCAGCAAUCUUUCCCUCCAGUCAUCACACAGCAUCUGUGACUCCCUAUGUACCAUCUAGCAUAUCGCAUACACCUGAUCCUCACCCCGUGUACAAGAAUGAUUUCGAUCAAGCGUCGGAUGAGUUCUUGUCUUCUAAAAAUGGCAAGAAAGAGGAUGAGAAUUCCUCCAGUCUUCUUCCUACACAAGAUCAUGGAAAUGGGAAUCAUUCUCAUACCGCUUUGCCUGAUCCAGAGAUCUUGGCCCAAACUACAGCCAGCUUGCAAUCAUCCAGCUGGUCUCUGCCGAAACCCGUGGAAUCGCCAGUAGAAGCGAAGCCUACGCAUCCAAAGCCACGUGAUGAGUCGCAGCCACGGGAACAGCCCAACGAUCUCGCUUGCAUAACCUCUAUGGAGACAUCGCCAACAUUCUGUACCUCUGAACCGCAUACAUCGGCACCUCACGAACCCAACCAUGAUUCGACGCAUACGGCUAUACAAGGCUCCGCACGGGAUUCAUGCGUACCCAAUCAAGAACGCUCGGAGACUUCUGGAACAAGUUCAGCCCCAAUUCAUAGCCCCGAAAGAGAAGUCCAUCAGCACACUUGUCUUAUCCGCCCACUCCGCUGGUUGUGGUCCCAGAUCUGUCACGUUCUGUUUUAUUUCGGAGAUCCUCACGAAUCGGACUCGGCUCCUUCUGACGACGAGAAUGAUGCAGACUAUCUGGAUCACUCCGAGACAGACGCCAGCGAAAGCUUACACCCAUCUAAGCGUCGUCGUAGAAGACCAUGCGACGCUUCGUCGGCUUCUCAAGGAGCGCCUAAAAAGUUAUCAUCGGAGUCCCCGCUCGCUGGUCAACCCGAGUCACUACCCGAAAACUCGAGUCCGGAAAGCGAAUCAAUUCCUAUCCAGGGUUUCCUCCGAUUACGAACUAAGGGAACCGAAGUCAUCUACUCUUUGGAGUUCUCGCAGACGCACUUUUCGUCAUUUUUUGCAGACAACCAGAUGAAAUCUCCUCGACCACAUUCACGGACAGCCUAUCCCACGACGAAGAACCCAUAUUCGCCUGAGGAGGAUGCAUUCAUCAUUGACUUGAAGGCUCGAAAUCUUAGCUGGGACGAGAUCGAAGAUCAAUUUGCAGAACGAUUUUUAUACCGGAAAAAGUCAUCGCUACAGGUACGCUAUUCUACGAAAUUGAAGCACUUGAAAAAAUAA